AUGGAGCGACGAUAUCUCCCCCUCAGACCUGCCGCGGCGGGUAGUCGUGUGCCGGAACGGCGCUCGCCCGAGCCGUUGGAGCCCAAGAGACGCCGCGUCGGGGUCGCCGUGGCGUGCAACUCCUGUCGCCGGCGCAAGAUCAGGUGUGACGGCCGUCGACCGACCUGCACGCAGUGCCACGACCAGACAACACGAUGCGCGUACCGACACGAACCCUCGUCGGACUCGCCAGACGCGACGGUGGCCGAGGUCAUUGAGAUAUUGAAUGUCCUUCCAGGUGCAGAGUCGGUGCGACUAUUGAGCUCGCUCAGAGGGGAACGCGACGCGUCCAAGAUUCUAUCAGUUGUCCGUGGUGGCCUGGGUCGUCACGAGCGCGCGUCAGACCAGCCCUCUGCCACUACCGUGAUGGGUGCCCCGUUCAAGACGCUUGAACUCGAGGUGCAAAAUCCCGUCGCCUAUCCCACUCUGGAACCGUUCGACCCGGGGUCUUUCAUGAGGGAGCCAUACCGCGGCCUCACGACUGCCGCCAAAGAUGAUGACAUGGCCCCUAGGCCCACUGCGGCACGAUGUAUAUCGCUGUAUCUUCAGACCGACCACCCCUUGCUGGGGCAUUUUGACCCCGAACUCUUCAUCUCUCACCUGACAAAGGGCGAGAAUGGAUAUUGUUCUCCCUUACUUGUAAACGCUCUUCUUUACUGGGCCUCCCAAAUGUACACCGCCAUGGACCCCAGGACCAAUAAGUUUGCCAUGAGCUUUUGUUCAGAGGCUGAACGAAUGUGGAACGAGGAGCUCGGCAAUGAUAACGUCGUCAACAUUGCCGCGGCGCAGUUUCUCAGUCUAGGGUUUCUUGGCCAUGGCCGGGACCACAAAGUCUUGCAGUACCUCGCCCACGCAUUGCACAUGGGGAAUCGAAUGGGACUGAUCGACUGCGAUACCGAUGAUACCAGCACGACGUAUCCCAUAGAGGGGCUUACGGUCGAGGAGUCUCGGGCUCGCCUGCUGAUGUCGCUUUUCUACCACCAACCCGGACUCAACUGCCCGAAGAGACCGCCGAACCUACCAAUCCCGGGAGGAGACCGCUCCGGCGAGCAAGCAGACCCCGACAUGGCCCAAACCCUGCCGCUGCCGUCUUUCAUGGGCAAGACCUUUGCACACCUGUGCCAUUUCUGGCGCAUCGUGCACGAGAUCACCCUUGUUUACCACUCGGAUCCAAGCCCCGCCUUUUUUGACGACCACACGGCGCUACGUUUCGCGGAGUAUAAGUUCCGGGAGUUGUUGGCCUGGAGCAAUGGUCUCCCGUCUCACCUACUUCGCGGCGAGAAUAGGCCUCACCAUGUGCAGAUUUUACAUCUUUGGUUCCACGCAGCCGUUCUCGAGCUCUUCCGCCCGUGUGUCCAAACGAGUACCGCCGCGAAACGCCGUCUACGAACCUUUACAAGCACCGCCAGCUCGCCUGCAGCCGUGUGCAAUGCCUCUGUGGAGCAGCUGAAGCGUCUGACCCUCCAUUUCCGCCUCAACUAUAAGUCUUCGACCUACACGAUCCUCUGGCACACCGCUCUGAUAUACGUGGCCAACGCCCUGCUCCACGACUCCAAGGAGGAGGGUUGGUUUUCGUAUUUCCUCCUCUGUGUGUACGGGUACGAGAGGCUGCGCCGCUCGUGGCGCGUGACUGAGGCCGUCGCCAAAGCCUUGCUGGCCAUGUCGUUGCGCAACGGCGACAUCUCGAGCCAAAUGGCACGGCAUAUCCUGCAGGAUCUCGAGAGGAAGAAGCUCAGCGAGAUGCCAGAGCGCAUCAGGGCGCCUUUUCCAGUGGACUUGGACCUGGCGCUGUCUGACCCAAAGUCUGCAAUGGCAGAGAAUCUGGCGGAUAAGUUUGAGUACACUGCCAUGCUUGGCGACUAUACGCACGAGUUUGACAGUUCGGAGCUCAAUUAG